CGAAAAAGGCGGAGAGUAGUUCGUUAAGGCGAGGCGUCCCUCUCUUUUUUCCUUCUCGCUGUAAAACCAAAAAGCAAUUCAAUCCAAUCCGAUCGAAUUGGUGGUUGUGGUUAACGGCGGAGCUUGUGGAUUCCGGUGAUUGUGCUGCCUCUGUGCGCGACAGCCGGAGUGCAGUGUGUUCUGAGAAUCGAGUUUUAAUUUAUCGAUUUGUAGAGCAAAGCGGACGGUGAGGAAUGGCGUACAGGAGGAAGCAGGGGCUCACAAAGUCAUCCACAUUCAAGGAAGAGAUUAGCCGGGAUUCUUCGGAAGAUUUAGACGACACUUCUCAGACGUCGCCUUCGCUGGCAGCCAAGGCGAUCAGAGCCUCUGCCGCUCACCGUGACUCCUCCCUCUCCUCCGCUUAUUCUCAGUCCGCCUUCCGCGACGAAUCAAAGCCUCAGGGUUCUCCCACCUAUGACUAUACCUCGAUGAAGGGUUCAGAUGAAGUCGGCGGUUUCUGGGGUGUUCUAGUUAGGAAAGCUAAAGCUAUUCUUGAGGAUGAAACCAUGUCCCGGGAGUUUGAAGCCACACCAAAGGCCAACCAGGAAGGACGUAGUAUUGUUGAGAACAAAACUGCAGACAUCAUUCAAGAAACACGCAAACCACAGAUAAGGAGAAAUGGAACUUUCCCCAGUGAGCAAAAUCAGGGCUCUUGUGUAAUGAAGCAAACAAGUAAUGAAGAUCAACUCACGGAAUCUCGCAAAAUGGCAGUGGCAACAGCUGCCAAAGCUAAGCUUCUUCUGCGAGAGCUGAAAACUCUUAAAUCAGAUCUGGCCUUUGCAAAAGAACGGUGUUCUCAGCUGGAAGAAGAAAAUAGAAAGCUUCGAGAGACUGACCAAAAGGGAGACGAUCAUGAUGAUGAUGACAUGAUACGCCUCCAGCUUGAGACAUUACUAGCUGAGAAAUCUCGGCUGGCAAAUGAGAAUGCUGUGUAUGCUCGUGAGAAUCGUUUCUUGAGAGAGAUUCUUGAAUAUCACCAACUCGCCAUGGAAUUUAUUGAUUGUGACGAUGACGGUGACAUUGAAGAGGUCACAGAAGUUUACCCGCCUCUUCCUGCAGUCUCAAAAAUGCUCUCUGGUUCUCCACCCUCACCUUCAUCCCCGACUUCCCCAUCCCGAAGCUCCUUUAUGACAAAGGGUCAACCGCAAGUAACAAUGGAUGUUCCACCAACUGAAGUUCCGCCUAGUCAUACAGUUCCUGAAGUGGAAGAUUCAACAAAAACUUGUUAGUGUCUGUGUGUUUUCCCUCUUUUUUUUCAUUCUUUCUUUCGUUGGAGAUCAGAGUAUUCGUGUGUAGUAUUAUUGCCUUCUCCCUUUCUGGUCUUUGGUAGGAGGAAGUAGGAUAGCAAACCAAAGGGGUUUGUGAGAGAUCUUUUCUCUUUUUUAUUUUUAUAAAUUGUAAUUAAUUGAUUAUUCAUUCUUGUAUGUAAUCAUUCGUAUGUACUAGAUUUUCUUUUGGGCCUGGUCUUAUUAUUUACGAAGUAAUAAAGAACAGAAAGCUUGUUGUGUUUGGUA